AUGUUCAAGGUUUGCUACCAGGGCGGAGCCGUGCUUGAGGUCUUCAGCGCACAGGGGAGAGAGCCUGUGACAAAAUGGAAACUCUCUGGAGGACAAUCGGCCAUACGAAAGAAAUUCGAUAAAGAUGUGAAAGGAUUUGUUUACUGUCUGGAGGGUAAUAGCCAAACUGUGAAAAUGCAGAUGCCACAGAAUAGAAAAAUGGCUCUUGGCCUCCUUCAAAGAUUCUUGGUCCUUCAAGUGAAUAUCCCUCAAUUCAAAGACUUUUCCACCGAGCUUGUCAUAACUGAUUUAGGGCAUUUGAAAAGGAGACUCUACCUGUCAACAGCACACAAAGAGCUCUCUGCUACACCGUUGCAUGCAAGGAUACCUUUUGUUGGACUGGAAGUGAAUAUUUGGUGCAACUUGCGCAUUGAUCUUGUAUCGUUCACUGGUGGGCUCUACAAGAGCACUGGCUUUUUGACAUUGGACGGCAUCACGGUUUCCGCCAGUUGCAAACUGCGAAGAACCUUCACCAUGAAAACCGAUCCAACAGGAACAUCAUCAGACAUGUUGUGCAGUGGAGUGAGUGUCGUGGACAUAAUCCUGCGUAGCUGCCAGUUCCUGCCAGAUGUGCACCAUGUAACCCAGGUGUUGAACAUGGAGCGGCUGCAACAAGCAGGUGUGAGGACCGGGCUGGUGAGCUCUGAUUGUGGAAGACCUGGAUCCUCGCAGCCCCAGCCCCCAAAGGACAGAGUAUUUGACAGGCAGGGCUCCAAGAAGCUGAGGGUCCACAGUGCUGGGCAAGAGAAAUUAGCAGCUUUUCCAGAUGUUGCGCCUUAUGGCCAUAAAGGUAGUGAUGAAUCCAGAGAGAUGUCCACUCCUCCAGUCAGCAGGCAAGGGCGCGACCAGCAACCUCUGACCCCGGCAGAGAUAAAAGGACAGCUAACAGCAGAUGAGUUUCUGCGUGACACUUCUGCCGAAGAGCGUGACAGCACCACUAUCAGACCUGCUGAGUUUCACUCCUGCUGGUUAAGCCCAGGGUCCUGCACCUCUGACCCUCAGGUCAACACUAGCCAUGGUGAGAGUGAUGAGGGGUCCAGGCCCCUGCUCAGUUUGGGGGAGGAGGUGUUCACUUUCUCAUCACUGCCUCACUCAGCCAGACGAGGGCAGGGACAUGGCAACCAGGAUGAGAUGGAGACAAGUGAUGAUCCAGUUCAGAAUAAAACAGAGUGCAACAGGGCCAAACCCGAUGACUUCGUGGGAAGCGAAAGCGAUGAGGAUUCAUCCCCGCGGCUGACUGCUGUAUUCAAGAAGAGAAAGCCAAUCUUCCAGGACAAGAUAUACAACAAAAUGCUCCAGAAGAGGGAAAAUGUUGGCUCCAGCCUUGGCACCCCCAGAGUUCUUGAUCCAACCGGCGAUAGUAUGCAUCUGAAAGUCCGGCCUGGAACUCAUAGCACUAACCAGACAUCACCCAAUGAGCCCUACCCAACCACCACCAUCAUGCCCACAUACACCCAUGAGACUGAAGAGAUGAGACAGGCGCCUACGGGAUCAGGCCAUUGUGAUUUGCAGUUGCUCAGCAGUCAGGAAAUACAGGGAGACGAGGAGGAGGAGCUACGAAUGCUGGCCAGUCUGCAAAGGGAGCAGGAGGAAGAAGAGUAUGGUGGCGCCUCGGGCCUCAGCUCGUCUCAGCGUCACCAAUGUAACGUCAGCAUCAGUAUGAGCAGUGACGACGCCUCUACCUGGAGCCACAUCCUCGCGCCAACUAACCAGGGUCAGCACUAUUAUAGGGAGAUGAUCUCCCCCCUGCACUCAGAUCCCAGGGAGUGGAUAGACAUGCUUAGCCCUCCCAUUAUUCCUCCCAGCCAGCAGCGGAGGGCAGAAAACACACAGCACCAUCAUAAAGACCUAAUCAGAGAAAAGGAUUUGUCAACGAACGGAGAGAGUGAUGAUGAGUAUUUGAAUCUGCUCUAUGAUCCUCGCCUGAACUGCUACUUUGAUCCACAGACGGGAAAGUACUACGAAUUAGCCUGA